AUGGCCCCUUUAAAAUCCCCUAGUCCAGAUGGGUUUGGGGCUUCUUUUUAUAAAAAAUAUUGGAGCUUAAUUGGUGAUAAGGUAUGUGCUGCUGUUUUGAAUUUUCUAAAUGGGGGCCAACUGGAUCCGGAUUGUAAUUUCACUUUUCUGGCUUUGAUCCCAAAAGUGAAGAGUCCAGUUUCUGUUGGUGAGUUUCGACCAAUAAGUUUAUGUAAUGUAUAUUAUAAACUUAUUGCAAAAACUCUUGCCAAUAGAUUGAAGAUGGUUUUGCCAAAUAUCAUUUCCCAAAGCCAAAGUGCUUUCAUUGCUGGUAGAUUAAUUACUGACAAUGUUAUCAUUGCUUAUGAGACAUUGCACUCUAUGAAACAUCGUAAAAAAGGGAAGCAUGGAAAUAUGGCAAUAAAAUUGGACAUGUCUAAAGCAUAUGACAGGGUGGAGUGGGGGUUUCUAAGGGCUGUUAUGCUGGAACUUGGUUUCCAUGUUCGAUGGGUUGAGUUAAUAAUGCAAUGUGUAAGUUCGGUCCAUUAUGAUGUUCUUGUUAAUGGUCAACCUGGGAGUAAGAUCAUUCCAACACGAGGACUUAGGCAAGGAGAUCCAUUGUCUCCUUACCUAUUUCUUCUGUGUGCAGAGGGGCUGAGUUCUUUGAUAAAGCAUGCAGAAAGAACAGGUUUGGUUAAAGGUGUGAAAGUGGCACGGGGUGGUACAUCUAUAUGUCAGUUAAUGUUUGCCGAUGACUGCAUUCUGUUUUGUACUGCCAAUAAAGAAGAGUGGCGCCAGCUAGAGUCUAUUCUGGGAUGUUAUGAGGUGGCUUCUAGACAGAAACUGAAUAAACAAAAAACUUCAGUGUAUUUUAGCUCCAACACUCCCCAACAGAUUAGAAACAUCCUAGUAGCAGAUAUAGGAGCAAGCAGUUGUGGGGAUUUUGAUAGGUAUUUGGGUUUGCCUAGUGUGGUUUGGAGAUUAUUAGUUAAACCUGACUCUUUUGUUGCUACUAUUAUGAAAGAGAAAUAUUAUCGACAUUGCUCAAUUAUGGAUGCUAAGCUUGGGGGAGGUCCAUCUCUUAUAUGGAGGAGUUUGUUGGGGGCUAGAGAGGUGGUCAGCGAAGGUAUGAGGUGGAGGGUGGGAAACGGACAGCAUAUUAGGAUCUGGGGUGAUAAGUGGAUGCCAACCCCUUCAUCCUAUAUGGUUCAAUCUCCUGUAUCUAGUUUGGGACAGGAAGCUUUUGUGGCUGACUUAAUUGAUGAGACUAGUGGUUGCUGGAAGUAUGACUUGGUCAGAGAGACUUUUAAUCGAGAAGAGGCUGCCCUUAUCUGUACUUUACCUGUGAGUAGAAUGAGUUUGGUAGACAAACUCUUCUGGGGACCAGCCAAGAAUGGCUUGUUUUCUGUCAAGAGUGCUUAUUAUGUUGCAAUGGAGCUUAAACGCCAGCUUGGAGGGGAGCCAUCUGCAGAAAAGGGAUCUGAUAUGGUCUGGAAGAAUAUGUGGAAGCUUAAUAUACCCAACUAUAUUAAGGUCUUUCUGUGGAGAGCAUUAACAAAUUGUCUGCCUACUAAAGAUAACUUGCUGAGAAGAAAGCUUGUAGAUUCUGGUAUGUGUCCAAUCUGUGAGCAGGUUGAGGAAACAAGUGGUCAUGUGUUAUGGAGCUGUGUGGCCACUUCUGAUGUGUGGUCUGAAACCAUGAGUAAAGCACAGAAGCUGAUUUGCAGAGAACAAGAUUUUCUUGUUACUUGGUCUGACUUAUCACAGAAGUUGGUGAGAAAUGAAUUAGAAAGUAUGGCCUUUAUCUUUAGUAAGGUGUGGCAGAGGAGAAACAAAUGGAUUUUCGAGCAUUCUUUUCAAAGUCCUGCUGCAAUUGUUUCUGCUGCUAUGGCUGAUAGGGAGGAGUACUUUAUAGCAAAGGGUGAACUCAAUGCUGGUCUGUUUGUUUCUUCCCCUGUGAAUCGAGAUAUCCAUUGGCAUGCUCCAACACUACAUCCGUAUAAGGUGAAUUGGGAUGCUGGUUUUGAUCAGUCCACUCACAGAAUGGGGGUUGGGAUUGUAAUUCGAGAUGGUGUAGGGGAUGUCAUAGCUUUUGUAUGUAUGCCGGGGUAUGAUGUAAGGGAUGCUGUGGUGGCUGAAGCAAAUGCACUAUGGAGGGCUAUUACAUUAUGUGAGAAAAUUGGUAUUGUAGAUGCUAUUUUGGAGGGGGAUGCACUAAAAGUCAUUAAGGAAGUACACGAUGGUGAGGAGAAUUGUGCAUGGUAUGGCCAAGUAAUUGAAGAUAUCAAGCUGAAGCUGCGCUUUGGACAGAGAUGGUUGUUGCAGUAUGCCCCUAGAGAGAGUAAUGUGGUAGCUCAUCGACUUGCAAAAUUUGCUAUGCAAUGUGAGGAGGAGAAGGUUUGGUUAGAGGAUUGUCCUGAUUGGAUAAAACCUUGUAUCCAACUGGAAAAACUAUGUAUUUCUUCUAUGGAAUGA